AUGCUGGGACUUCCGAAACUCAAUACGGGAGGCGGGGGAAACAAGAAAGAGCACAAGUCUGAGACCGUCUCCGACGCUGUUGCAAAGUACAACGAGAGACGUUUCCGACAGGCGGCGCUUUUCUAUGGAUGUGCUGUAAUGACGUAUAUUGCGUCCAAGAUUGCCUAUCGGGGUGUCAUUGCCAGACGAUACAACCCGACAUUCUUUCAGCACAACCACGUUCCUCCUAAAUUUUCGUUUUACCGAGAUGCUGCCAGCGCGGUCGCACAUGCCUCACUGCUCGCUGUUUCGUCGAUGGCGAUGUUUGUUACCGGAGGUUUCUGGUACUACGAUAUCUCAGGACCCCGCGAGUUUGGCCAGCGGAUGAAGCUGCUGCUGGGUGGAGCAGAGGCAGAGAAGGAGCUUGCCCGGAUGCCUGUUGACCAGGAAACUAACGACAUCCAGGGCAUGUUGACGAGCUUGCUCAACGGCGACGACAAGGCUCAGAAAAACUAA